GCAGGAGACAUGGCUUGCCUGCGCCCUGAGCCAUCAGUGAGGAAUUAUACCUCAUCAAUCUGUUCUGUGCUCUUCAUUCUGUUUUUCAUACUCGGAUGCCACCAGAGAACUUCCUGUGCAUCUGCAACCCUUCAUGCUGGUCCUCGUGUAAAGCAUAAACCUCUGCUGGAAACACUGCGUUUACCUCACAACACAGAAUAUGAGAUUGUGGCCCCAUAUGAGGUGGACCAUCAAGGACGUUACAUUUCCCAUGCCGUGGCCCACCAGCACAGAAGGAAACGCUCCACGGAUGGUCAAGGUCACGACCCCACUGUUCACUUUAGGUUCCAUGGAUUAGGGCAGGACUUCCACCUGGACCUGCAGCCGUCACAUGACCUGAUGACACCCAGCUUCACUGUACAAACCCUGGGCAGGAGCGGCACCAAGAGCCUGCAGCCUUUUCCACAAGACGACCUCUGCUUCUACCAUGGGGUGCUGAGGUCAAAGGUCAACUCAUAUGUGGCCCUGUCCACAUGCGCGGGCAUGUCAGGUUUGAUUAGAACUCAGGAUCUGGAUUACUUCCUGAAGCCACUGCAUCCACAUCAGGCACUUCUGGAGAACUUCUCAGCACCAUCUGACCACCAUCCCCACAUCCUCUACAAGAGAUCCAUGCCACCACAGACAAGCAAAGGCAGAACCAGGAGGUCUUCUGAGCUAUCGACGGUCAUCAGAAAAGAUUCAGCAGUCCCAUAUCUGUGGAGAACCUUCAGACAAGAUGAGAGAACCACACACCCACAGACGGAUCCAGAGGAGAACCAGCGUACCCCACACAGUCAUGACAACUUCAACUACACUACUCAGCAGAGACAGCACUUCUGUGGACGACGGAAGAAAUAUAUGCCUAAACCUCCUGAGGAAGAUAUCUAUAUUUUCCCGGAUGAAUAUAAGUUCAUGCCCAGAGGGAAGCGAGCCAUUACGUUUAAACAUCCACACCAGAGGCUGAAUGUGGAGACGCUGGUGGUGGUCGACCGCACCAUGAUGGACAAUCAUGGCCAUGAGAAUAUAACCACAUAUGUCCUUACUGUUCUUAACAUGGUCUCAACGCUUUUCAAAGAUGGCACGAUCGGAGGUGACAUCAAUGUUGUAAUUGUUGGGCUAAUACUGCUGGAUGAAGACCAGGAUGGACUGGUGAUUAACCAUCAUGCUGACCACACUCUUAACAGUUUCUGCCAGUGGCAGUCUGGUUUGGCUGGGCAAGGAGGUCGCCGUCAUGAUCAUGCCAUCCUGCUAACCGGUCUGGAUAUCUGCUCCUGGAAGAAUGAACCAUGUGACACUCUGGGUUUUGCUCCAAUCAGUGGAAUGUGCAGUAAGUACCGCAGCUGCACGAUCAAUGAAGACACGGGUCUUGGUCUGGCCUUCACAAUUGCCCAUGAAUCUGGCCACAACUUUGGAAUGGUCCACGAUGGCGAAGGCAAUGUGUGUAAGAAGUCGGUUGGAAACAUUAUGUCUCCCACCUUGGCUGGACAUAAUGGUUUAUUCUCCUGGUCAUCCUGUAGUCGACAAUAUCUAAACCGAUUUCUAAGUACCGCCCAGGCCACCUGUCUGUCUGAUGAGCCCAACGCCAUACAGGAGUACAAAUACCCCGAGAAACUUCCUGGAGAGCUGUACGACGCCGACACGCAGUGCAAGUGGCAGUUUGGAGAGAAAGCUAAACUGUGCACUCUGGACUUCAAGAAGGACAUCUGCAAAGCCCUGUGGUGCCAUCGGGUCGGAAGAAAAUGUGAGACCAAGUUCAUGCCAGCCGCCGAGGGCUCUUCCUGCGGUCCAGAGAUGUGGUGCCGUCGUGGUCAGUGUGUAAAGCAAGGCGAUGAAGGUCCCAAGCCAGUGAACGGUCAGUGGUCAUCCUGGUCUGGGUGGUCCAGCUGCUCGAGAACCUGUGAGAGUGGAGUGACCUACAGAGAGAGACACUGCAGCAGCCCCAGGCCAAUGUAUGGCGGCAGGUUUUGCGAGGGCUCGUCUCGCUCUUAUAAACUGUGUAACACUGCUGACUGUCCUCAGAACGCCAUAGACUUCAGAGCUGCUCAGUGUGCCGAGUUCAAUAGCAAGCCCUUCCGAGGAUGGUACUACAAGUGGAAACCCUACACACGUGUGGACGAUCAAGACGUGUGUAAGCUGUACUGCUUCGCUGAAGGUUACGACUUCUUCUUCGCCCUCUCCAGUAAAGUCAGGGAUGGGACGCUCUGCACACAGGACAGCGCCGAUGUCUGCAUUGACGGCAUUUGUGAGAGAGUGGGCUGUGACAGGGUGCUGGGAUCCAAUGCCGUGCCGGAUUUGUGUGGCAUCUGUAAGGGCAACAACUCCACCUGCAAGAUCUACAAAGGACAAUACACCAAACAACAUUAUAUGAGCCAGUACUCCCGUGUGGUGACCAUACCGGCUGGAGCGCGCAGUAUCCGUGUAACAGAGCUCAACUCCUCCAGCUCUUAUCUGGCCCUGAGGAACCUGCAGAGGAAGUAUUACCUGAAUGGACGCUGGACAGUGGACUGGCCCGGACAACACUCCAUUGCUGGGGCUGUGUUUGACUACAAGAGACCCUACAAUCGUCCAGAGAGCCUCACCUCCACCGGACCCACUAAUGAGACGCUAGUGGUUGAGGUUCUCUUGCAGGGCUGGAACCCAGGCAUUCAGUGGGAGUACACACUGACCAAAGACCAUACAGAGAGACGGAGCCAGCCAAAACACAACUACACGUGGGCCAUCAUUCGCACGCAGUGCUCUGCCACCUGUGCAGGAGGUCAGAUGGUCACUAAAUCAGCCUGCUACAAGGAUCUGAGACUUCAGGUGAACACGUCUUACUGUAACUCUCGAACUCGGCCAUCGACCGGUGUGGUGUCCUGUAACACACAGCCCUGCCCCGCAAGCUGGAGUGUGGAGGACUGGGGUGUGUGCAGCCGCAGCUGUGGAUCUGGAGAGCAGAUCAGACAGGUGCGCUGUCUUCAGAAAACAGGCCCUGAUCAGGUGAACACAGUGACUGAUGACCAGUGUGCACAACCACCGCUGUCUCGCAGACAGACCUGCAACACACACACCUGCCCACCGGUCUGGAGCACUGGACCCUGGUCUCAGUGUUCUCGUAAAUGUGGCAAGGGAGUGAUGAAGAGAGCGGUGGCGUGUGUGAGCAGUGACUCCAGUUCUUACACCCGCGUGCUGCCGGACGCUUCGUGUGUCGCUCUACCCAAACCCAGCAGCCAAGAGACCUGCAUGAUCAAACGCUGCCACAAACAACGCAAGGCCCAGUGGUUCGUCUCCACCUGGCAAACGUGUUCAGUGUCAUGUGGAAAGGGGCUUCAGCUGCGUGUCGUGAAGUGCACAGAGAAGGAUGUGGCAGGAAAAUAUAGAGAACUGUCACCCAAAAAGUGUCAGAAUGUGCCCAAACCCUCCAUGGAGCUCCAGAGAACCUGCGUCCUGCCAGACUGUCCCGUCCUCUCUCCUCACAGCAGACCAGACUGGUACUCCUCACCGUGGUCUCAGUGUACGGUGUCGUGUGGUGGAGGGGUUCAGGUGCGCUCAGUGCAGUGUCUUGUUCAUGGGCGUCCCUCCUCUGGGUGUGUCCUGCAGAUGAAGCCAGUGAUGUCCCAGGCCUGUAACACUGCAUUCUGCCCCCAGCCAGAGAAGAAAGAUGUGAUCUGUAAAGAUCAUUUCAACUGGUGUUAUCUGGUGCCUCAGCACGGCGUUUGCAACCACAAGUUCUAUGGGAAGCAAUGCUGCAAGUCCUGCUCACACACAAACCCGUGAGAACUUCUGCUCUAGACGUUUGACCGUGACCUUCUGAGCCCUCGCAGGAGCAGAGUGAUGCCCGCUCUAGCGCUGUGUUUAACAUGUACUGAACAAAGACAUUAUUAAGGACUCAAAGUGGCUUGUUUGUCUGGGACUUCUGUGGAGAAUGACACGGCCUGCUGAUGACGGCGAGACUGCAAGUGUGUCUGCAGGAAAUGACAUCAUUGACAAAGCCCUAUGGAGGGGAUACCGUGUCAGUGAGGGUGUGAGGACUCCU